ACUACAAGCGCUGCCACCUGAGGAGCCGGGUAGCCAAGGCAGCGGCAGGCUCAACCAAGAUAUCGCGAGAUAGAGCAGGCACCGCGAGAACUGACUUCUCGUCCCCAACAGCGGGCGUUCUUUCCGGGGUCUAUGGGAGGGCUCUGGCGUCCGGCAUGGGGGCGCGUUGUUUUCUGUGGCUGGCGUUGGAGCCACCUUGGGUCGCCGGCCAGGGCAGCGGAGAGGGUAGAGGCGUUUCUUAGGCCCAGGUGGAAUGAGACAGGAGAUGCCCAGUGGGGGCUGAGGCGGCUCGGGACGUGGAAGCGCACGAGUCCUCGAGCUCGGGACCGGGCCGUGCAGCAGCCGCGGCGGCCGAAGAGCACGAACCCUUUCACUCGAGCGCAGGAGGAGGACUGGCGGCGGCGGAACAAGACGGUCCUCACGUAUGUGGCCGCGGCCGCCGUGGGCAUGCUGGGGGCGUCCUAUGCCGCCGUGCCCCUAUAUCGCCUUUAUUGCCAGACUACCGGACUUGGAGGAUCAGCAGUUGCAGGUCAUGCAUCAGAUCAGAUUGAAAACAUGGUGCCUGUUAAGGAUCGAAUAAUUAAAGUUACCUUUAAUGCAGAUGUGCAUGCAAGUCUUCAGUGGAACUUUAGACCUCAGCAAACAGAAAUAUAUGUGGUUCCAGGAGAGACUGCACUGGCAUUUUAUAAAGCUAAGAAUCCUACUGACAAACCAGUAAUCGGAAUUUCUACAUACAACGUUGUUCCAUUUGAAGCUGGGCAGUAUUUCAAUAAAAUACAGUGCUUCUGUUUUGAAGAACAAAGGCUUAAUCCCCAAGAGGAAGUAGAUAUGCCAGUGUUUUUCUACAUUGAUCCUGAAUUUGCUGAAGAUCCAAAAAUGGUGAAUGUCGAUCUCAUCACGCUUUCUUAUACUUUUUUUGAAGCAAAAGAAGGAUACACGUUGCCAGUUCCAGGCUAUAAUUGAUGUCAGCAACUAAGUCCUGCUUCAAAUUUGUGAUUUUUAAAAAAUCAUGUAUCCUGCAUUCUUAAAGGAGAAAUAUUCUACAAUAAUGUGAACCCUAUUUUAAAUGGUUCUACCUGUUUAUUUCCUUUGAUUUAUCCCACUUUAAAGCUGAACCUGUUCUCAAUUUACUCAUAUAUUCUAAAUAGGCAUAUGGGUUUCUUCUGAUGAUUCAACCAAAUUAUUAGCCCUUCAUAUUUGUAGCAAGUAAUCUGAGAAUUAAAAAAAAAAAAAUUUAUGCCCAGGGUUAUCUGUUUCAGGUCAUAACCAGAACUUUUUACCAUAUUUAUUAUUGUGCCUAAAUUAGUUGGUUGCUAUUUUCCCUCAGUAUAAACAGUCACUAUUUUAAAAGCUCAGAGUAGGAGUCACUAAACUCUAACAGAUUGUUCAAAGAUUUAUAUUCUUAUUUCAAAUUUGACUUUAAUUUUCCUUUAAGAACUAGAGCUAUUUUACAUUCAGAGUUAAUUGUGGUGUCAUAAAAUUGAAAUAAAAUAUUUAAGUAUAUCUACUAAGCUGCUAGCAUUCCAAGUCCCUGGAUGUCAAAAUGUAAUGGUGGGAUUGUGAAGAUUUCUUCUGAGAACAAACUGUAAAAAAGAUGUAUUAAAUUAUUUUAAUAGUAAUUUA